GACUAAUGGUCUAAACGAAGUUUUUAGUUUUGUUAAGUUGUGACCUUCUAGAAGGUCCUAUUGGUGUUGACUCUAUUGAUAUAGAUCAAGUGAUCUGUAGUAUACGUCGUGAUGCUAUCACCCACCAGAGCAGGACCUUUUGGAAUAAGUCCUAGCAAGAUAUUUCAAGGGAUUGAAAUGAGUUUAAAGCUUUUAAAGGGCAAUUCCACGUUCUCAUACACAGCAUUUGAGCAAUGGAUAAAGAAGGAGAUAAAAGUGCGGGAAUGCUGCGUCUUCAUAAAGAAGAUGGACGGGGAACUGGAACCAAUCUGCCACUGUGGUAACGUGAGGUCUGCGCACAGCGAGGGUAUCCAAAUACACGGCGAGACGGAGAAGUGGGAUAAAACCACUCACACAACCCUGACCGAGUGCUCUGCUUACGGCAAGAUCAACUUUCUAGAUGAGGACACUACUAUACAGCCGGAGUAUAUCCGGGUAGCCAGCGACUACGGUGACAGAAAGAAUAUACAAAGGAUGGAAAAGCUUCUUAGAGAGUUCUGGGGGUGUAAGCAGCCAGGAUUGUUGAUAUCAGUGAUAGGAGGAAACAAGAGUUUCCACGCCCCUCAUGAUGUGUGCUUACACUUCCAACACGGGCUCCUCAAUGCUGCUAAGUCUACUAAUGGUUGGAUUAUCACCAGUGGACAGGACGAGGGAGUCACGAAGUUGGUGGGAGACAUCAUUGGAAGAUCUAUCCUAACAUCCAAGAUAUACACCAUUGGAGUUGCAAACUGGGGUAAAACAUGGAACAAAGAGAUGCUUCUACGGAAAAACAACAGGUUUAACGAGUCCAUCACUGACUACACCACUUCUAUCCCUGAACUUGGCAGCGCCUCCUUGGAGCCCAAUCACAGUCACUUCUUCCUCGUUGAUGACGGAACAACUCAAGCAAGUGGAGUAGAGAUAAAGUUCCGAGGAGAGCUGGAGUUCCUGAUAACUAAGAUGUAUGAGAAGGACGGGGUCCCUCUUCCUAUGAUAUGUAUCAUGCUAGAGGGGGGCUCUCAGAGUAUUGAGAUGGCGCUUAAUUCUCUGAGGAUGGGCCAGCCUCUCGUCGUUAUUAAAGGAAGUGGUAGAGCUGCUGAUAUCGUGUGUACAGCUUGUGAAAUGACUUCCUUUAAAGAGGACUUCAUCGACGGAGAGUUUGUAGUGAGGGGUGUGAUAAACGAGGAAGGAAAGAGGGAUAUCAGUGACAUGUUGGAGGCGUGCUUUAGUAAGUUUACUGAGAACUCCAUGAUUGAGAAGCUGCUGAAGAGUGUGGUGGAAAUCGCUUCCUUCAAGAAACAGAUAACUGUAUACAAGAUAGACGGGUCAGAGCCAUUAGACUUUGCUAUCUUAUCCUCCCUGAUGAAGAGCAUAGGGGAGAGUGCAGCUCGAAUGAGGCAACUAAAACUGGCCAUAACUUGGGGACAUGAGAAAGUGGCUAAGGAGCUUAUAUUUGAGAAGAAGGAUUACAAGUUCAGGCCAGACGAGUUAAACUCACUCCUGAUGUUCUCCAUAAUCAACCGGCGGGUUGGUUUUAUACGACUGCUGCUGGAUUACGGUGCUGACCUCAAGAACUUCCUCACUGCUCCCAGUCUCACUAAACUUUACAAUAUCCUCCCUAAAAACUCAGGAGCUUUCAAGUUGCUCACAAGAUUCGAUAGAGCGGUGUCAUUAAGAGACGUAGGUGAACUGAUGGAGAGGAUUAUGGAGGGUACAUUCCAUUCCUUUCUAACACAGGAGAAGUAUAACCAGGACAUGAGGGAGGACGACAGAUUUGAUAAUCCCUACGAUUUGAUGAUGCUGUAUUCUGCUCUCAUCGACGCUCCAGACAUGGCUAAGUUCUUUUGGGAGAACUCCAGGACGCCCAUAGCUACAUCUCUUAUAGUGCACAAGAUAUUUUUAUUCCUGGACAAAAUGGAAAGUCAGUGGGCACGUGUGGAUGAAGAAAUGACAGAAAAGCUUGAAACUUCUGCGAGGGAGUUUGAAAAACUAGCGUGCGGACUUAUGACAAUCUGUUAUCAUAACUACGACAAGCCCGAUUGGAUACAAAUCUUAAUUGUUCCUUUGAAAGAAUGGGGAGGAUUAAAUCUGUUUGAUUUAGCAACAAUAAUCGAAGCGAAGAACUUCAUCGCACAUGCCGCGUAUCAGAGUUACCUGACAGACCUCUGGAUGGGACAACUUAAACCUACUAUCAACGCCGGACGGUUGUUUGUGUGCCUGGUCCCACCACUGCCAAUAUUCUUACCGUACAAUAAACUACCCAUGACCAAGAAAGAUCUAGCAAGGAAGAUCCUCCGGGGACAAGAAAUAACAACAAGAGCCCGCAAGAGAGUAAACGAAGACGUUGAGUUUGCCUCAGCUACAGGGGCAAAUGAUAGUGAUGACGGCGACUCAGUGCGCAGUCCUGAUCUCAAAGAGAAGCUAUAUUACUUCUACACCUCCCCUGUUAUCAAGUUUUACCUUAACUCCCUCACUUAUUUAGCAUUCCUUCUUUUAUACGGGUACGGUCUGUUAGUAGAUGAUAAAAGUCUGGUGAUCAGCCAAAACGGCUCAAGACUCGAGUGGCAAGACCUGUAUACGAUAGUGUUUGUCCUUUCAACUGUGCCCGUUGAAAUAAAUCAGAUUCGAAAUGGAAGAACGAAAAGCAACCUAAAGAAGGUUGUAGACCAUUUUGCAGAUACGUACAACCUAAUGGACUUCAUAGCCGUGUGCAUGUUUAUGGUUGCCUUCGCACUCAAAGCCUCUACUCCUUACUACUGCUCCAGCUCAAAGUUGGCUGAAGGAGACAGUAACGAUUGUACAAUAGGAAGCAGCAUGAAUCUUAACCAUUUCGGGAAUUAUCACGCUAACAGGCUCCUAUCAGCAAUGUGCUUUUCUUUCUACUGUUUUCGAUUCGUGCAGCUCUUUGAGAUUAACGAUCAGAUUGGACCCAAAGUUUUCAUGCUUAAAAAAAUGUCCAUCGAUCUCUUUUUCUUCCUCUUUCUCUUAAUGGUUUUUACAAUUGCUUAUGGUGUAUCGUCCCAAGCAUUGCUUUACCCAUUUCGUGAGACCAGUGUCGGUGAGGUUAUAUUCGAGCUCAUGGGAAGGUCUUAUCUGAAUGUGUUCGGAGAGAUAGAUCUAGAUGGCUUUGAUGAGCACCUGAAGACGGGUCAUUGUAGAGCCUGGGACUCAACCAUCUUUGAUUCUGAAAUAGCCAAGCCAUCAGAAUGUACUGCUAAAAGUCUGUUACACACUGAGGUGGGAAGAGUAAACUACUACGUGGCAUUCACCCUCCUUUCACUUUACCUCCUCUUUGUGAACAUCAUGCUUAUAAAUCUUCUCAUCGCUAUAUUCUCAAACACUUACGAGAAUGUAGAAACCCAAUCAGGUAUCAUCUACAAGACUCAACGAGCUGAGAUGAUUCUCGAGUUCAGAGAAAGACCACCACUCCCCAACCCUGUUUCACUCCUCUACUUUUUAUUUAAAACAUCUAAAUUUGUAUACAGACGAUACAUUAAAAAGAUAAACUAUGAAAAAGAUCUUCAAAAAAUGAUUUCUAGUAUGCCCAACAGACACAGCUCGAUGGCAUACAGAUCUUCUCUUAUGGAGGCGGAAUGUAGAGCUCAGUUUAUAAGACAAAAUAAGUCAGAUUCUGGAGACCGUAUGAUCUCCCACACCAUGACUAACGAAAGCACAGGCACGGAUUCCUCGCACUACCUUGAUCUCUCUGCUAAGAUUAACCGUCUUGAGGGCCAGCUGACGGUAGCUACGGAGAAUAUAUCUAAAAUAUCAGAUCUCCUGAAGCAGAGGGUGCAGGGCAAAACGAAGCGCGACUCCACUACAAGCGCGGACCAAGUCAAGCCGCGGCGCCCUGGUUCCCCUCAAAGUGUAUUUAAAGAGAUCCUGGAGCGGGUCCGGGCUAAAAGGAACAGCUACGAUGAGGCCUUUAAUGAGCUGUCCGAGGAGGAGGAGGAGAAGGAGGUAGGGAGUGUUGCUGGGUUACUGAAGGAGCCCACUCUUGCUACAUGGGGAAGUUUGGUUACUCACAGUCAGGCCCUGACAACACCCUAUCCUGGCACUGAUAUAGAGCGGUUCAAACUGGAAAAAGGACAAAUCGCAUGGAAGAGCAAUUUUGAUUACACACCACCCGUGUAUGAUAAUGAAGAGAUUCCACAGCUAGACCCUAAGAAACCGAACGAGCUACGUUUUAACCAUGUGGACAGUGAUGGAGUGGACCGUAUCAGUUUUAUAGGGAAAUACACAGUACACGAAGGAUUUCCCCGGAACCCAAAAGGAAGGACAGGCCUGAUCGGUAAAGGUAAUCUACCUAGAUGGGGUCCCAACAAACUCGCCGUUACCAUAGUAACCAGAUACAAAGAACAGCCAGGCAGCAGUGAUUCAGGUGAAGUACCCGGAGGAGUUAUCAACAAACAAGGACAGCCUGUAGUGGAGGUGCUCCUCCUCAAGAUGGAGGGAUCUCCUCAUUACAUGUUCCCUCAGGGAUUCCUAGCUCCGUCAGAAACUGUUAAGCAUGCUCACCAGCGGGUAGUUCUUGAUCUGUGUUAUGACUUCUGUAACCAGACAAAGAUCGCCCAAAUACCUAUCGCUGCUUCCAUAGAUCCUAUCUUCAGUCAAUAUAAGGAGUUAUCGUCCUCCUACAUGGACGAUCCAAUGAACACUGAUAACUCAUGGAUGGAAGUUUCAGCUGCAACUGUUCAUGAUAAUCAGAAUGCCAUGUCGUCUGACUUCAAGCUUGGAAGUGGAGUGAUACAGAUCGUGUGGUUCACAGUAACAGAGCGUCCCGAUCUACACCCUAACAUGGUCACUCUGCUGAGGAAAACAUUAACCGUGUUGAAGAGUUAUAGCCCCUACACCGCGGCAGAAGAAGCCGAAUCAGGACUCAGUGGGUGAAUAGCUAACGGUUCUUGAGUAUAGGAAUUUUUAUAGGAAAACAUGAUCAGAAAGCAUUUUCUUCAUUUUAUUUACCGAAAGACCCGAUCAGAAGCCAUUACAGCCGGAGUGGAUGAAAUAUUUGAUGUUAACCAUGGAGGGGCUGUGUGCUCUUUGAAUGAUAGUUGAAGUAUUCGAUAAAAGACGUUUAAAGACUGAAAUUUAUGUGAUGAAUUAUGACCACGGCAUGGAAUAUUUUUUCGUGAGCCCAAUUGAUAUCUUCGCCUCAGUUGAAUUGAUUUUUGCAGUUGUAUUUCAUUUAUUUAUCAGAUUACAUUUCCGGAUUAACUAGUUCUCUAUAUUUGAGAUAAACGUUUUGUUUUAAUUCGAUACAUUACAAAUAAGAUCUCAACUAUCUGCAUUAG